GCGACAACAGCACAUGAUGAGGAUCGCAACAGCAACAAACACUAGGAAGUACCGCAAGACUGUUGAGAUUCAAGUGAAGAUUUUCUGCACUUCACUUGACAGUUUGUUUUUCAUUCAUGAUGGACGAGGGAAUCCGCCAUGGGAGCGACGUAUAGCAGAUGAUCAUGCGCAAUGAACACCCGGAACAGUCGAUUCUCUCAAGAAAUAGCUUAGCUGCAGUAGCUCUCGUGUUAAACUGUCAACAAGGCACUGCUCAACUAUUUACCACACUGUAUGGCAAUUCAAUUUAAGACGUACUCUUCAACAAGAACACAUCUUUGAAAUGGUUUUGAAGUUUAUCUUCGCCUUCAAACUCCUUUUCACAAACUAAUUUAACGUUACAACUCUUCCGGAUCUUCAGGAAAGUCUGUCCUGGUCUCCUCGUGAGAAGCUGUCAUCAUCAUGGCAUCAGCCAAGCUCAAGUACCUCUCUCUGGGGGUUCUGGUGUUCCAGACCACGUCCCUGGUGCUGACCAUGCGUUACUCGCGCACCCUUCAGGGUGAUGGGCCGCGUUACCUGGCCUCCUCUGCUGUGGUGGUGGCAGAGUUCCUCAAGAUCCUCACCUGCGUGGGGCUCGUCUUCAAGGAGAACAGUUACAGCGGCCGAGCCCUGAGCAGUAUUAUGAGACAGGAGAUCAUACACAAACCUGUAGAGACGCUGAAGCUGGCUAUUCCCUCAGGGAUCUACACACUACAGAAUAACCUGCUCUACGUAGCGCUGUCCAACCUUGAUGCUGCUACUUACCAGGUGACGUACCAGUUGAAGAUCCUGACUACAGCCCUGUUUUCUGUGUCGAUGCUGGGCCGCAGACUUGGGGUUUACCAGUGGUUGUCUCUGCUCAUUCUCAUGGCUGGUGUUGCAUUUGUACAGUGGCCUACAGACUCUCCAGCAGACCCUCAGAAAGAGCAUUUGACAGCUGGCUCUCAGUUUGUGGGCCUGGUGGCUGUGUUGGUGGCCUGUUGCUCCAGUGGGUUUGCUGGCGUUUACUUUGAGAAGAUCCUGAAAGAGACCAAGCAGAGUGUUUGGGUCCGAAACAUCCAGCUUGGCUUGUUUGGCCUGGUUUUUGGUGUCUUCGGGAUGUUGGCUUAUGAUGGUGACAGAGUCCGAGAACAUGGAAUGUUCCAGGGCUACAACACACUGACCUGGAUAGUGGUCGCUCUCCAGGCUCUUGGAGGGCUUGUAAUUGCUGCUGUCAUCAAGUAUGCUGACAACAUACUGAAAGGCUUUGCUACAUCGCUCUCUAUUAUCCUCUCCACAUUAAUUUCAUAUUUCUUGCUUGAGGACUUUGAGCCUACGAGCGUAUUCUUCUUGGGUGCAAUACUGGUCAUAAUGGCUACAUUUCUCUAUGGUUAUGAGAACAAACCGCCAUCCAAUCCAAGCCGAGCAUGAAAAAAAUGGAUGAGGUGAAAGUGGAGUGGAAUAAAGGGAUGAAUCGAGUGGAAGGACGGAGAGUAGCAGAGGAGGUGUUGAGAGCGGGGAAAAGAGAUGGAUACAAGGUUGGAUAACAAGCUAUGGCCACUGCUGUGCAGUGCUGAGCUAAAGCACACUGGGUGAAAUGCUCUGGGCCUCUACUUUCAGUCUAACUCUCGUUUCGCGUGAAAAAAACAUUAAUCUACGCUAAUCAAAUUAAUGGGUGAUGGAUAAAAAACACUUUGUAACGUGCCAUUUUACAAAUGUUUCUGGAUGCGCUGAGAGCUUUUUUUUUUUUUUUUUUUUUUUUUUUUUUUUUUUGGAAAAUCAAGACAAAGGACAAAGUUAUCUAAUAUGUCAGAGCUUUUGGAUCGUUAUAGUGGCCCGGAGUAAUUCGCCACAAAUGAAACUUGAAUCUCUCAGAAACCUGGCAAAGGAGAUUCGGUUUCUCAUGAGAUUGUUGCAUCACUGUAUUUUUUGUCAUUAUUCAAACUGCUUACAAAUAUUUUAUGUUAUUUUAAUUGGGUUACUGGGAUAAUUUGGAAUGGAGGGAAUAAUUGACCUUUGGUCUAUAUAAUGUAAACUUUUGAUAUUAUGGUUAUCAUGAAAAUGAAAAUAACAAGGCUUAGCUGGUUUAUUUGUGGGAAGUCAUGAUUACAGACUAUUUUAUGGAUUACCUCUGUCACCAGGCAACAAAGAAUACUUGAGUUACUCCGUUAUAUAUGCAAGGAUGAGCUUUUUUUUUUUUUAGCAACUUUGCACUAUGUGUGAAGCUAUAUUAGUAUCUGUUGAGGAGUGAUAUGAUUAUAAAUCAGGUGUUUAAUGAUUUUUUUUUUUCAGACAGUACAUACAUUUUCACCAGGGCAGCACAAAAGGUGUAAACGACGCAUGAAAUCAUAUUUUAAAAAGGGUACAAAUGUUUUUCAGUUCCAUCAAAGAGACGUUUUUCAGACGUUUCCAUGUUUAUUUGAUCAGUCAGCACAUUCUAGCUUGCCCACACACUGUGAAAUCUCUAUAGAACAAUAAACUAUAGCAUUUAAGAUCAGC